UCAGUUUUCUUUGAUUUUUAGUGAAAACUUUGCGGUUUGUCUCUUGUUUUCAAAACAUUUUAAAUUUAUUACUGGUGGCUGUUAGUAUGGUACAGCACAAACGUUCAGGAAAGGUAUCCAUAUUUCCAAGUAUAGCAGACAUACCUUCGUUACAAAUAAUGAAAUCAUUCUGUAUGUUUUGAAAAGCUAAUUGAACAAAUCUGUACUAACAUUUGGAUUCAAAUCCAACCUCUCUUUAGUUACAAUUAUUAGUAUUUGUAUAUUUUUUUCGUUUAAGUUUCUAACCAGUUCUCGGUGUUUUUGCUUGACUAAUUGAACAGUUCCGCUGGUUUGCCGGUUUUAAGCCAGCGUUUAAUUGAUCUCCAAAUGAUUUCGUAUUCUUACCAUCUAAAUUACCAUCACGGGUGAUUAGUGAAAACCGCGGGGAGCCUCCAAUCAAGAACUUCGCUUGUAACUCAAGAGGUCUCAAUGCCUUUUCGUUCACGUGCGUGUACUUGCUUGUUCACGUGCGACUGUCAUGUAUACAUCUCGAAUAAUGCUUACAUUUGGUCCAACUUGACUUCAAUUCCUUCAGGCGCGAAGCGAACUGAAACUGACCAAGAUAACUGUGACAUGAGUGCUAGCUCAAACUCUUGCUCGAAUUGCUAUCAAACUUGCUCUUCUGCUGACGAUAAAAACAACAGUAAAACCGCAGUUAUCGAAUUCGAAAAUCGAGUUUUCUGCAAUUCAUGUUUGCGAAUCUAUAUUUCAUCCCACUAUCGUCGCAAAUUGUUGAGAGACAUCACGUUUGAUCUGCGCAACAUCAAAAACGCCGCCGACCCAGCCAACAAGUCUCCUGUUGGUCCCAAACCAUCUAAUGAAGAACCCUCAACGAGGCAGACUUCCGCGCCGAAACACCACUCUUUGACCCUGGACUGCUUGACGUUUGAUCUGACAUCCGGGAGGUCUUCGGGAACUUCAUCUGCAUCAACAUCGCCGGGUUCCGGGACUGAUUCCAAGUUCAAACGUCCAAAGAGUUGCUCCGAUUUCCUAAUGGAUUCCCCGGUUGGAAACUUCACAGUUCACGACGCUCUGAAAAACGGAAAUUUUUGCAAAAACUGCGAGUUGUUUUUCCAAACAAGCGCUGAUAACUUUUUGACAUCGCACAAUUGCGUUGAAGCUCUGAAGGAGAAUCUCGCAAGUGCUCAAAAAACUUUGGAGAGUUUCAAGCAGAGGUCGAAAGAGCAACUGAAGGCGUUUCUCCAUCGGGAGAACAAUUUGAUCAACUACAUGGUCGGUCUACAGGCUGACCUUCUGGUGCAAAAUCACAAACACAAAGUGGCCAUUGAAAAGCUAGAGAAACAAAACAGCACACUUCUGGAAAAGGUGUCGCAACAACAAAAGUCUGCCCAGAAGGUGCGGUUCCCCGACGGCGCUGGGAGAUCUGGAAACUCGAGUCGGUUCCAAGUUGUGCUACAUCGAGAUCCCAACGGGGGGAGUCUAGGAUUCAACGUUGCCGGAGGCGUGAACAAGUCGCGCCAGGAUUCGAAUGAAGAGAAUGACUCAUCGUCGUCAGAGAGUCAGUUCCAGAUUCCGAGGGGUCUCCUCGUCACCCGAGUGAGUCCUGACAGCAUCGCGAGUCGUGCCGACAUACAAGCCGGAGACUUGAUUGUUUCGGUGAACGGAACAAGCUUGGAGAAGUUGUCUCACAACGAGUGCAUAGAUGUGAUCAAGAGGACCAAGAGUCCCUUAAUGGUUGAGGUGGAGCGACCUCUGGAACCCAACAUGGUCUCUUCCGGAACUCAAACACUGGCUUCGGACACUCUAUUCAGCGGCGUCGGUCAAGUGAACAGAUGUGACCUGAUCUCUCUCUCCUCUUCGGUCACUGACCUGGAGAGUGUGGGGUUAGGCUCAGUGGACCACGACGCAGUUGACUACAUCCUGUCCCACUGCCAAAAAACUCAACAACACAUUCAGGAGGUUGUGCUUUUCAAGAAGUCACCUGAUGAAGAUUUGGGAAUUAUUGCGGAAGAUGGGAAAGACGGAAGCGCAAUCAUAAAAGAGAUUAGACCUUCUGAGAAAAUGUCGAGCAGAGACAUGAAUGACGAGUUGCUUCACGCGGGUGAUCACGUGAUCAAAGUGAAUGGAAAACACGUGGAAAACACUCAACAUUUCCACUAUUUGAUGAGUAGAUGCAACAGCUCCAGACUGUCGAUUCUGGUCCACAGAAACAUCAAAUCUGAGUUCAGCAAGAGGAAAACCCAGGAGAAAAAUUCAUCAACUUUGACGACAUUGACUUGUGACGUUGAUGAAGUUUCGGGCCAGAAAUCAGCUUUGACGAAUGAUAGCAACGAGCCAAAAAGCGACUGUGGAAAAGUAAACGACUCGGAAUCUCCGAAGCAAUCGACUGACUCGGAACAUCAUAUUGACAACGAAGUUUUUGCCUCAAAUCAAACUUAUUCAAACCACGUGAAGGUACUUGCUGCAAAACGUGAUGAAGUUUUGAGACGCUCUAAUGUUUCCGAAAAUGGUCAAAAAGAAAAAGUGACGAGAAAAAUCAGAAUAAAAAGUGACGAUGGACAAUACAAUGGAUCUGACUUGAAGCGAUUCAGCUCUCUAAAGCGAGAAAAUGAGGCUCAAAAUGUGUAUCAAAACACAGCACAAACUAAGCCCUCUAGCGGCACAAAACAAGCACAAUAUCAUGCUAAAUCAUAUACAAUGAAACAUUCAAACUCGAGAUGCGGCUAUGAAAUGUCGCGACCUGCGAAUGAAAAAACUUUCGAAAUGAAAAACUCACAUAGCAUGACUCUCAGCGGAAAGCAUCUGAAGAAGCGACGAGAUUCAGCCGAUGUCUAUGAGUCGCUGCGAACCCGAGACGCGAACGACGAUUACGACUCGGAAAUGGAGUUGUUGCUGCCAAAAAGUCGAGCGAACCGAACCGAGCGACCCAAAAGCAAGCCGAGUAACCGAUCGCGAUCCACUGGAUCUCAAAAUAUUUAUGCUCAAAUCGAUGACAUCACGACUGACGAAGACAUUCCAGCCAAUCAGAACGCUCAGAAACAUUCUUCGAGACACGACAAAAAGAAAGGUGCGAACGAACCAAGUUACGACCAGUCUCGUGCUAAGAGGAGGGUCAAGAAAACAGUGAGCCCGCCCCUUGAAUCGGUUUUGGAGGACAAAGUUUUGACUCUUUCCAAGAAACAACAAUCCAGACUUAAAGCCAGAAUGAUUGACGGGUUCGCCACAGUAACCGAACUGAUGACUCACGGGGUAUCUUCGAACCCUCUUGUAUCUGUUACCACCCUCUAACAGACUUUGUAAAUAUGAUAAAACUCCUAAAACUGGUUAAAUUUUUUCUUUAGAGAAUAAAAAAAAACCGUAAAUGUUGGUGCAAUGAAUGGAUGUUUUAGCUUUUAGCUUGCUUCAAAAAUUUAUCAAAAGUUUAAAUUUUAGUUUUUAUCCAA